AUGGCUCAACCAGAGUCCCGCACAGCGCUGACUUCGCCUUCGGCGGCGUCGACGCUCAACAAUGCGACCGCCCACGAGAAGAACCGCAGCGGCGGCGAGCCCGGCGAGGCCCGCAAGCUCACCCUGCACAGGCGCCCGUGGCGCCGAUACGUGACGCCGUUCGAGUACAUCCUCCACCACCCGUACAAGGGUUCCGGAACUGAGGAGGACCCGUACAUCAUCGACUGGCUUCCCGAGGACCCGGAGGACCCGCAGCGCUGGCCGAAGGCCUGGAAGUGGUUCCAGGUCGUGCUCUGCUCGCUGGCCACGCUCGCCGUCGCUCUGUCGUCCUCGGCCUACUCUGGUGGUGUCCAGAGUCUGCUCGCCGACUUUGGUCACUCCUCCCUCUUCUGGACUGCCGGUGUCUCCCUCUUCGUCGUCGGUUUCGCUUUCGGACCUCUUCUCUGGGCUCCUGCUUCCGAGGUUAUGGGCCGUCGCUGGAUCUACAUCGGUACCUAUGCCAUGCUCACGCUCUGGCAGGCCGUGACCUGCGCCUCGCAGAACGGCGGCUCCAUUCUCGUCUUCCGUGCUCUCGCUGGCUUCUUCGGAUCGUCCCCUCUUGCCAACGCCGGUGGCACGCUCGCCGACGUCCUCGACGGCAAGGAGAUGGGUAUCGGCAUGGCCUUCUUCUCGGUUGCUCCCUUCCUCGGCCCCGCCCUUGGUCCCAUCACUGGUGGAUUCCUGGGCGACGCUGCAGGCUGGCGCUGGGUUGAGGGUAUGCUCGCCAUCUUCUGUGCUGUCAUCACCCUCAUGCUCUGGCUCUGGGGUGCUGAGACCUACGCUCCCCUCAUCCUCCGCAAGCGUGCCGAGCGCCUUUCCAAGUACACUGGCAAGGUCUACCGCUACCGCGCCGACGCCGCCAAGCCGCUCAACGUCAAGGAGCUCUUCAUUGGCGCCCUCACUCGCCCCUGGAAGUUCCUCAUCUUCGAGCCCAUCGUCCUCCUCCUCUCGAUCUACGUGGCCAUCAUCUACGGCGUUCUCUACCUCAACUUUGCGGCCUACCCCAUCGUCUUCAUGCAGUACCGCGGCUGGAACGCUGGUCAGGAGGGUCUUGCCUUCCUGGGUAUCAUGGUCGGUGCCAUCUGCGCUGUGGCCGUCGUCAUCUUCUGGGGCAACCCCAAGUACCUGAAGGACGUCAAGAAGCGCGGCUACCCCAUCCCCGAGGACCGCCUUCCUCCUGCUUUCAUCGCUUCCGUCAUCAUCGUCAUCGGUCUCGCCGGCUUUGCCGCGACUGACGGCCCCAACGUCCACUGGUCUGCGUCGAUCAUCUUCGGCAUCCCCUUCGGCAUGGGCAUGGUGCAGCUCUUCCUCUCGAUCCUCGGCUACCUCGUCGACUGCUACACGGUCUACGCCGCCUCUGUGCUGGCCGCCAACGCGGUCCUGCGUUCGCUCUUCGGAGCCGGCUUCCCCCUCUUCACGGCGGCCAUGUACAAGAACAUCGGCAUCCACUGGGGCGCCGCCGUUCCCGGCUUCCUCGCGCUCGCGUGCCUGCCCCUCCCCUUCCUGUUCUACAAGUACGGCCCCGCCAUCCGCAAAAAGUGCAAGUACGCCAACGAGGCGCAGCAGAUCAUGCAGCAGAUCAUCGCUGCGCGCAAGGAGGCUGCGGGCGGCGGCGGUGCCGCCGGCGCGGCCGACGAGGAAAAGAACCGCGUCCCCGGCGGCGGCGCCGAGCUCACCCAGACCGUCUCCCCGGAGCACGGCGAGGACGUCCUCGACGACUACCCCGAGGUCAUGUCUCUCGAGCGCUCGACGAGCAUGCAGAACGAGAUCUACGACAGGCGCACACGCUCCAACUCGCUCUACCGCGCUACUUCGGGCGCGUCCCAGGCGUCGUACCACGGCGGCGCCCGGGUCGGCCGCGUCGUCUCGCCCACGGCGCAGAACACGAUCCACGAGUAA